GCAGCUGCCCACUGGGGGCUGAGGGAAGAGAGAGCUGGCUUGAGCUGUGCUGGGACCUGGAGGAACUGGGAGGCAGCCCGCUGCAGAGAUGAAAGGAGAAGCUGGACAUAUGCUACACAAUGAGAAUCCAAACCAGGAGGGACACAUCUGGGGCUCCAUGAGGAGGACGGCUUUCAUCCUGGGCUCCGGCCUUCUCUUGCUGAUGGCCCACUGGAACUGUGUCACAGGGCAUCUUCAGAGAUUUUGGGGUGUUUCCGGCUACUUUUGGCAAGCCCAGUGGGAGAGGCUGCUGUCUACAUUUGAAGGGAAAGAGUGGCUGCUCUACAUUCUAGGGGUCACCCAAGUGCCUCUUCUGGUCUACUGGACCUUCAGUGGACUUCUCCUGGUGGCAGACGUGACUGGAAAGCCUAACUUCAUCUCCCGCUACCGAAUUCAGGUCAGCAACAAUGACUGUGUGGACCCCAUGAAACUACGCCAGUCUACCCUCAUGAUGCUCUUCAAUCAAUUAGUGAUCUCUCUUCCCAUGCUGGUCUCACUCUACCCCAUCCUCAAGUUGUGGGGAGACCCCUGCCAUCGAGAGUGCCCCACCUUCCACUGGUUCUUCACGCUGGUCGUCUUCACGCUGAUUAAGCUAAUGCUAUUCUACUACUCACACCGGGAAGCACUCCUUCACCACCCAAAACUCUACAAGAAAAUCCAUAAGAAACACCACGAGUGGACAGUGCCCAUCACUGCAACCUGUCUGUCUGUCCACCCUAUUGAGCAUGUGAUCAACAUGCUGCUGGCAAUACUGGGUCCAAAAGUAAUGGGCUCCCCCUUGUCCUCCAUCACCACGUGCAUUUCCUUGGCCCUCACCUUCACCAUGAUCUCCCACUGUGGCUACCACCUACCCUUCUUGCCUUCACCUGAAUUCCAUGACUACCAGCACCAAAAGGUCGACCAGUGCUAUGGGGCCCUGGGGAUGCUGGACUAUCGCCAUGGGACUGACACCGUGUUUAAGCAGGCCAAGGCCUACAAGAGACACAUGAUCCUGCUGGGCUUCACCCCACUCUCUUGAGAGCAUCCCCGAUCCUCUGAAGAUGAUGGCCUAAGAAACAGCCACAGUUCCACACCGGCCAUCCCUCAGCAGACAGUCCUCUGCUAUGCCUGAGGACUCCUACUCACAUCUAACAGCUUGCUCCUUCAGCCACACACUGAUGACAACCCUACGAGAGCAGGGGAAGAUCAGCUUCCUGGAAAAGCAGAGCCACAGAGACUAGGGCUCCCCCAACUGCUGUUAUCCACAGUGGGUCCAAGCAUUCACAGAAGAAAGGAAAAAAUACAUCUUCCUGGAAUGUAGGCCAGCCAGAGGGAAGAAGCUACUGGAGAGGGCUCCUGGGGAGUCCACUGGUCCUCUCCAAUGGAAGUGGACAGGCAUCCCAGAUGACCCCUUGGUGGCCCUGGCAGGACGCAGAAUGACAAAUGUGGCAGGGAGCUGUGCCUG